AUGCUUAGCAGCUGUUCUGGCGGUGAGCAGAAGGGGGUCCAGGAGGAGCGUGAGGCGGGGCCUCCUUGCGCUAACGUGACCUUUUUGUUGUUGGAACUGUUUCAGUUGGAUGCUGACAAAUAUGAGAAUGACCCGGAAUUGGAAAAGAUCCGAAGGGAGAGGAACUACUCCUGGAUGGACAUCAUUACCAUAUGCAAAGAGAAGCUGCCAGACUACGAGGAGAAGAUUAAAAUGUUUUACGAGGAGCAUUUGCACCUGGACGAUGAGAUCCGCUACGUCUUGGAUGGCAGUGGGUACUUCGACGUGCGGGACGAGGCGGACAGGUGGAUCCGGAUCGCCAUGGAGAAAGGGGACAUGAUCACCCUGCCUGCGGGGAUCUAUCACCGCUUCACGCUGGACGAGCAGAACUACGUGAAGGCCAUGCGGCUGUUUGUGGGAGAACCUGUGUGGACGGCGUACAACCGGCCAGCUGACCAUUUUGCGGCUCGGGGGCAGUACAUGGCAUUCUUGGCACAGAGAGCAUAGCGGGGGCUCGGGGCCGCACCCCCCUCGCCCAUGAUGCGCCCCAGUGUGACAGCAGCAGGAAACGGGUCGUGUCCUUGCUUUCCUGUUGCAGACCUGAGCUGGGUGAGCUUUCCUGGGUGAAGUUAUUUGACCUGAGUAUGCUUGAGAGGAGCCAAGAAUCUGAUUUUCACGUAGGAGCCUCUGGGAAUGUGGGGUCACGUUCCUUUUCGCCUCUCCCAGGGCCCUGUGCCACACUCGCAUUCCACUCGAACCCAGUGAGGUUCAUGUCCCCACCUGUCCCUGCCUGGCUGCCCCAUCAGGACCUGAUUCUGCAGCUUUAUGCAGAUUGCGGUCAAGGCCACGCCUGCCUGUGUGCAGGUGUGAGCAGAUGACAGGACCGGCCCAUAAACAAUUCUCCCAAACACGGGCAUGUGUGGGGGGCGAGCCCUCAGGGGAAUGGGUUAGCUGCUCACUCACUUUCCUGUUUAAAAUAAAGUAGCUGCCUUAAUUUCACGUGGAGUCACGUUGCAUUCAGGUGCACAUGGCCUGUUAAAUCACCAUUUAGGUCCUAUGUGAUCACAUCCAUAUGUAAUUAAUUUAUAUCUUACGUAAAUGUUGGUUCAGUGAGAGGUUUCUAGUUUAAACUCCCUGCUAUGGAUCCUGUUACAAUGAAGCUUUUGAUUUUAACAAGAGAAUGGUACAUUCAUUUUUUAUUCAAUAAUUCUGAGGUGCAAUGAUGUCAAAUUUGUUAUAAUCGUUAGAAAACCCCAAAUGAUGUCAUGUUUUGAAGGGCAGGUUGUUUUAAGUACUUUUAAAUCUGGAAUAAAAAGUCUUCCUGUUAAAGUUUA